AAAUCUCAACAGCGCUGAUUCAUUCUUGGACUUCUCUCGAGACUCUCUCUCGAGACUCUCUCUCGAAACAAUCGGCGGACCGAUCAUGGGGUUAGAUUCUGUUUGCGUCCCGUUUCGUACCGCCUCGAUAAGUGUUCCUGCAACAGGAAACCACCAAUGCACCAACAAAACCUGAAAGGAAACAGGAACCCUCGGCUGCGCCUCAUGCCCAAAAGACUCCGAAUCUUCUAUUUUGCGAGCGCCACACUUUUCGGGAUGGGGAUCUUUUCGACCUUUCAGAAGAAAACUGUUGCCGGGAGCGUCGUCACCGGCAACGCCCCCGGCCGCCACGCUUCCACUGUUGCGUCUGGAUCGGAGCUGGAGGACAGGCUAAGGGGAGCAUUGUGGGGGUGCGUGCACUUGUUUGGUGUUUUGCAUCGCAAAUGGUUCUUUGAUUGCACGAGUGCUUCGAGGUGACUGCGGCGUUGUUGUCGCAGUUGCUGUUGUUGUCGGAGUUUCAGUUGCUGUUGUUGUCGCAGUUGCUGUCGCAGUUGCUGUUGUUGCUACUAUUGUUCUAGGUUUCCUGUACGCGGAUUAUUGCAUCUUCUAUGCCCUGCUCACUCUCCGUCUGUCGACUACGGGUGCAUCAGGUUUUUGGCCGGCGACGCUUUGGCGAGUCCCACCCAUUGGUUCUACGGUGGCAGACGCCAAGUGGUGAGCGAAUACGGCCACGCAAUCACGGAUUACACGAAACCCAACCAACAUUUGUCGGGGAGCAUCCUGAACAAAUCGGACAUGAACGGGGGAGGCCGGAGCAAGUUCGGCGCCUCUUCUGGACCAGGAAGCGUCCAGACCAUCAUUGGCGGCGUCAUCAACCACGGGAAAGAGGACCUGUGGUCCCCGAGUCAAUCGAAUCACUACCACGCCACGCUGCAAAAGGGUGAAAACACGCUGGAGGCAUCGCUGGCCCGGGUCCUCAUGAAAUCCAUAGUUGCCACCGACGGAAAGUUUGAUGCCGAUCACUUCCGGGACGCCUACGUCCGGUUCAUGACGACCCCCGGGAGCCACAACGAUACGUAUGCCAGCACGUGCCACCGAAUGUUCUUUGCCAAUCUCGUCUUCCGGCGGUUGCCCCCGAAAGACUGCCCCGACAACGACCAGCACAACGUCGACACGAUCGACGGCUUGGUCCUGCCAACGAUCGUGGCGCUGGCCGGAAGCUUCCGGGGUGGAUCCCCCGAAAUCGAGCGGUCGGCUUCCGACUGCGCUGCCGUCACGCGACGCUCCACCGUCCUGGAACGGAUCGCGGCGUCGUGGAGCGGGGUCGUCGUGGAAGCCGUCCGCAGCCCCAGUGACGAGGGCUUCCGCGAGGCCCUGGACCGGUUUUCUAUGGAAACGAUCCGCCGCCGUCCGAACGACAGGGUUCGCGACGACACAACGAUGUCGGCGUGCUACCUGGGAUCCUCGCUCCCCGGGCUGAUCGACAUGGUCGCCAAGUAUUCUCCCACCAGCGGAUCCACGGAUCCAGGGGAUCGCGUCUGGGAGGGAUUGCUGGCGAACGCCAACGUCGGUGGCGAGAACGUCCACCGGGGCUCCUCCAUGGGGGCCAUUCUGGGAGCCAGGGCCGGUGCGGCUCGGCUCCCGUCCAAGCUGGUGGCGGGCCUCUACCCCCGGUCGGAGCUCGAGGCAGAAAUCGACGACUUUGUCCGCGCGGUGAUGCCGAAACCCUCGCAAGAAUCCCACCAAUAGAGCCUUUUCGUCUUACCGUUCUGAAUCAUCACAGGAGUCAUCCCUGGGCGGAAACACUUGGGUGUGGAAACGGGGAAAGAGUUCCACCUACAGGACAGAUUGAAGGGGUACGAACAUCCAAAUAGUGAUACUUUGGAUGCGAGUCGGCCUCAUGAAAAAUAGAGAGGGGGAACGUACGAAGAAAUGGACCCAUAUAUAUAUAUAUAUAUAUAUAUAUCCCGGCUGUUUGUUACUCUUCGAUUGAACUAUUGUAAUUUGAACAGGACACAAGGAAUCGCACUAUUUUUAUUGUUGUUUUUAUCAAACAAUCUGGUUGCAGUUGAUGCAUUACAAUGAAUCAUAAAGCCAAGC